UUAAAGUAGGGAGAGCAGCCAGACAGAGCGGUAUGACACUUCUUCAUUCUGCCGCACACGCCGGUGCAUGGCCCCAACACUGAGAGGGAGAGGAGGGAAUCCCCGGGUGUCGCCUCUCUCCUGAGCGACUCGCAUCCUAUAGCUUACUCGAUAGUUGGAUGCUCGACACUUUACGCUACAAACAAGCAUGGCUCGGACUUAAGUUUAGUGAAACGUCAGGUCACGAAGAGUCAAGACUGGAGCUAUUCAGACGCCUUACCAUCUUCAUUAUUUUAGAAAAUCGCACUGGAAAGAUAGUCUAAGUUUUCAUUCAUGAGGCAACCACCCAGUGAUUUCGAAAUGGCACUGAGCGGGACGCUUUUGCCAUCCAUAUCCACAUUUGCCAGCGGUGCAGCUGUCAAGAACAAACCAGCGGGACCGGCCAAUAUACGCUGGAAAGAGGAGCUGUCCCACCUAAAGAGACCCAGCCUGCCAACAGGUGGGAGCAACCCUGACCAGGAAAUCCCUUCCGGAAUGGCCAAGAAAGAGCCAGAAGACCUAGACUUGCUGGAUUAUGACUUCAUCCUGUCAAACACUAUGCUCCAGCAACAGCAGCAGCAGCAACAACAGCAGCAGGAGGCCUUGACAAGUGGUUCUAGAACUAUGUCGUCUUCCCCUGGAUAUAGUUCCUACCAGCUUCCUUCUCCCCAGGGCACUACUAGUGAUAUGCUGUACAUUCCAGAUAUCACUGAUGUCUCUCCCUCUGGGGGCUUUGUGGCCGAGCUCAUGAGGCCAGAACUAGACCCCGCUUAUUUGCAGCCUACCCCCAGUCUUCAUGGAAAGUUUGUGGUGAAAACCACCAUGGAUAUGGGAGAUUAUAAUCAGAGUGUCAGUGUCAGCAAAGCCGGUGCAGUCUCGGAUCCCUCACUGGCCUUCGUUUGCCAUCGAAUUAAGCAGGAGAGCCCUAGCACGUGCACUAUCACACGGCCCAUUGACAUCCACCUGGGUGUCAGCUCCAGACAUGGGGCCAGCCAAAGGGCCCCUGGACUUGACUCCCAUGCAUUCCCUGGAGGACACCCUUUGGCCACCAGAGGCUCUUCUGCUUCCCUAUCCCCAGAUGACCACCACCCCUCCACUCAGGUCUUAGGUCGACCACAGCUGCCUCUGUCCCCAGGAUACCACACCUCACCGAGCUUCUCCCCUUUCCCUCAGCCUCCAUCCCUACAGUACCAAGAGCUCAUGUCUCCAGCUGAGUGCUUGCCUGAAGAACCUAAGCCCAAACGGGGCCGGCGCUCCUGGCCCAGGAAACGGAUUGCCACACACACCUGUGACUAUGCAGGCUGUGGCAAAACCUACACAAAAAGCUCACAUCUGAAAGCACAUCACAGAACGCAUACUGGAGAGAAGCCUUAUCACUGCGACUGGGAGGGAUGUGGCUGGAAGUUUGCCCGCUCUGAUGAACUUACAAGGCACUAUAGGAAGCAUACAGGUCACCGGCCCUUCCAGUGUCAGAAAUGUGACCGGGCUUUCUCGCGCUCGGACCAUCUUGCACUGCACAUGAAACGACACUUAUGAGCUCAGUGGAAACACACAAAACUGAAAUCACAAUGAGCUCAUACGGCUCCUAAGACAUGCAUUGCCUUUCAGAUGCUCACUAAAAUUGUAUGACAAGCUGUGUUGUCCACGGCUAAUAGCAGCCAUUUAGGGCUUGCAGAUAUAUUUUUAUGGUGUUUUUGUUGUCUUCCAUUGGCUGGUUAUACUUGGAGACCUUUUAUGUUUUCCUUUGUUCCUUGGGAUGGAACUGGAAUUCAGCUCUUUCACAAUAUUGACAAAACUUGGAGGACCAGGUGCCAAAGUAUGACUGGAAAUAUAUGAAUAUCAGGGAUGUUAAAAACAGACAGAAUUGUAUAUGUAAACAGAGGCCUUCAUAGACAUUCCAUUGUAUUUACGAAUACACACUGUUCAACCUACUGUCUAAUAAAUCUAUUUUUAUAUUACUUUUGCAAACCAUUAAUUUCAGGUACAUACAUGUUUAUCUGUCAGAGGAUGGUGCUCAGUAACUCAUCAGUGUUUUAAAGGUACCAAAGAGGAAAAUAGAUUUCAUACAAAAUGUCAAAAGUGCCAUGUUAUUAUCUGUGCAUUUCCUGGAGUUGAUCUAUCUUCCACAUCUUGUCUUCAAUCAGGUGAAUAUAAGGUGUCUGAAUGGUAAUAGCAAUCUGAGCUGCACUGUGGCUGAAAAGUGCAAUACUUUGACAAUAUGACAUGCAUAUUUUUGUAAAAAAAGAAAGAAAAGUAAAGAAAAAUGAAACAAAGGAUAAAUAGAUAAUGUUACAAAGAAGAAUAAAACAACUGAACAAAAGUUUUGUUAUAGACAAAUAAUGUAAUAUAAUCUUCUGUUUUGUAUAUUUGUGAAUAAUGUUUUGUAAAGGUUUUGUAUUUUAUGUAUUCAAUACUCUGUAAACAGGAAUUAAAAAUGAGCCUUUC